AGCCUUUGCCGUUGCUGUCGCGUUUCCGAUUGGUAGAAUUUGAAAAUAAGUACGCGCGACAGUUUGGAGAUGAGGCAGCGCAAAUAAAACAUUACGGCGAAGUCAAAACAGUCAAAUACGCACUUUCUCAGUUGACAGCUCUAUCAAGAUGAUGGAGUCAGGGCUAAAGGAUGAUCCAGCAAGACCUGCUAUAUUAGUUGUAGAAGAUCUAAGGAGAAAUUUGUCCACAGAGUUUGAUUGUUCAGAUUUGCAGGACUCGUCAGACUUGAAGGAACAUCUGAAGGUGUAUCUUAGGAUAAGACCAUUUUCAGCAGUUGAGAUUGAGAAUGGAGAAUCACAGGACUGUGUGACCAUUCAGCGUCCAGACACUGUCCUUCUCAAACCUCCACAAACAUCUCUGUCUGCCAGGCUCAGUGAUAAAUCAGUGCCAGUUACAGCUCAGCGUUUCCAGUUCUCUCAGGUCUAUGGUCCAGACACUACACAGAAGGAUAUAUUUGAUGGCACAGUAAACGGACUUGUCAGAAAUGUUCUAGAAGGGCAAAAUUCUCUGGUCUUUACGUAUGGUGUCACCAAUGCUGGGAAGACCUUUACUUUUUUAGGUCCAGACACUAAUCCGGGCAUCUUGCCUCGUUCCCUCAACAUGAUCUUCAGUAGUCUGGAGGGUCGCAUCUUUACCCAGAUGUGCCUGAAACCCCAGAGGUGCCGAGAUUUCAUCAGACUUACAAAAGAGCAACAAAAUGAGGAAGCAGCCAGCAAACGCAACCUGCUCAAGCUUUUCAAAGAGUCUGAUGCUCAGAGGAGUAUUUCUGGCCAUUGCUCAAAGUCUGAUAUUGAAGAUGGUUCCAUGCUCUCUGACGUAAACUCUGCGGUUUUGGAUGUGGAGAUGGACAUGCACACUAGGUUUUCUAUUUGGGUCUCGUUCUGUGAGAUCUACAAUGAGAACAUCCAUGACUUGCUAGAACAGCAUGCAAGCAAUGCUUCACGGAAAACCAACCUUCGCCUUUGUCAGGAUGUCAAAGGAAACUCAUUCAUUAAAGAUCUAAAAUGGGUCCAGGUGAGCAGUGCGGAGGAAGCCCUGAAAGUGAUGAAACUGGGCAAAAGAAAUCAGAGCAUCUCUAGCACUAAACUCAACCUGCUCUCCAGCAGAAGCCACAGUAUUUUCUCUGUUCGAAUACUGAAGGUGGAGGAUGUGGGAAUACCUAGAGUGGAGUCAGUCAGCGAGCUGGCACUGUGUGAUCUGGCUGGAUCAGAGCGUUGUGCUAAGACUCAAAAUAAAGGUGAACGGCUAAAAGAGGCUGGCAACAUCAAUACUUCUCUGCUCAGUCUUGGAAAGUGCAUUAAUGCACUAAGGAAUAACCAACAGGCUAGACAGCAUGUUCCGUUCAGAGAGAGUAAACUCACUCACUAUCUGCAGGGCUACUUCACAGGCCGGGGCUCAGCCUGUAUGAUUGUAAACAUUAAUCAGUGCUCCUCCAUGUAUGAUGAGACGCUGAAUGUGCUCAAGUUCUCUGCCGUGGCUCAGAAGGUGGUGGUCCUCACCACUAAGAACAUCCCAGUGGGAGUGAAAAGGAGUGCAAGAGAGGUGUCCUUCAUAAUCAACAACGCUGAUUGCCGGGAAAUGAGACGCAGCUCAUUAGUACGAUGGGACCCAAGUCUUGAGGAUGUCCAGGAAGAUUCUGACUCAGAGGACGAGUAUGAAGACCAGAGCGAAAUCGAGGACACCUUACUAAAUUCUGAAGAUGAAUGUACAGAGACUGUGCAAAUCAAUAAAAAGCUUUAUGAGGGCCAGCAGCGGUUAAUAGUGAAUACUCAGCAGCAGUUGACAGCAGUACAAGCCGAACUCUUAACCCUAGAAGCACGUGUUCGAGAUGAAGUGACAAAAGAAUUCUCAGAACUGAUUUCCCAGAUGCAGGAAGAUUACAGUGAACGUAUGUCCAGAGAGCGGGAGCUGAUAGAGGAACGGUGUGAACGGAGACUGGAGAUUCUCAAAAACCUAGUGGAAAAAACGGCUAUGGAGGAUGACCGUAUGAAUUCAACUGUGGCCAAAUCAGAGGAGGAGAAACGUGUCUCUCUAGACAGCCUGUUUGACUCUAUGAGUGGUGACCUGGCAGGAAUCAGACAUGAUGCCCAGGCUGCCCAGUCCUGCUUGGUGACCUCUGAUCCCAGAGUCUCAGCGACAUUGCAUGACCUUGAGAAAAAGGUCACAGAACUUUCAGAACAGCUCAGCAUAUCUCAGAAUCAGCUGUUGCUCAAAACAAAGGAGCUUGAAACCCAGAGCCGGCUGUCAGAUGAACUGGAGGAGGUGAAGAAGACUCUGGAGAGCCACAGGGAAAGAGAAUUUAAUCUGAGUGACAUGUGCAGACAGAAGGAUGAGAUGAUUGCCAAACUCCAGGCUACUUUGGACCAGCAUGUAGAAAGAAAGGCUGAGGAUAGAGCUCAAAUGGACUCUGUCCAAAAGGAGGUCAUCCAGUGCUGUUGCACCAUUAAAGAGCCCCUCAGCUCCCGGAAUGAAACCAGAAAGCGACGUCAGGAAGGAGAGGGGCUUGAAGGACAGCCCCCGCUCAAGAAAGGCCCCCCGGAGGACUUGAAAAUGCCUGAAGAUGAAGCAGAUGAUGGGCGGGAAGACUCCGCCCUUCAUGAGGUCAAAGGUCAGCUGGAGUGUUGCCUUGCUGAAGCCAAACAAAAAGACAAGCAGAUCACAGACCUUGAGCAGGAAUGCCACAGAUUACAAGUGUGCAUUCAGGAUCAAAAGUCAAAUCUGGAUGAAAGAGUGUCACAGGAACAUAUUCUGAAAGAAGACGUUUGUCAGACAACAUUGGAAAGCAAACAGAUGGCAACGGCUGUGGAUUUUAGCAAUCUGAACGUAGCAGUUGCAUCCAGAUGUAGCAACACUACAGGUGCGUUUGCUGCUAAAUCACUAAUGGCUAAGCGAGAUCUUGAACUGAGAGAAAAGAACAAACACAUCUUGACUCUUGAAAAGGAAAUUGCGCUAAUGAGACAGAAAGCAGAACACACAUCUGACUAUGAAAAUCUCAAAAAACUCAACUCUGAACUGCAAGCUGAGGUCACGAGCUUAUGUAAGGUCAAAGCCGAACUUGAGGAGAAGAUUACAUGCCUUCAGAAGGAGAAGGAGGGGCUUGAAGAUAAGGAGGUGGGGCUGACAAACCCUAACACUCUUGGAUUUAAAAGUAAAGAGAGAGAUAACCAAACACACCUCAUGCUGUCUGGAAAGGAGGCUGAACUUGCACUGAGAGAGAAUGCUCUAACUUUAAAGGAAACUCAGCUUUCAGCACUACAGAAGAGUCUGAAGCAAACACAGGAGCGUCUGGAGGAGGAGGAGAUGCAGGCGGUGCAGGAGGCGCGCAGGAAGGAGGUGGAGAGGAGGAGAGAGAUCCUGGCUGUGGCAGAGGAGGCCAUCGCUCAGAAAGAUGCAGAGCUACAGAAGAGACAAGUAGAGAUCAGCCGGUUAAAAGAGGAGAUUAAAACUAGCGAGUUUAAGAUGAGCAGUCUGACUGUUGAUCUGCGCAGAAGGGAAGAUGAUUCAUCUGAUCUUCGGGAAAAACUUUGUGACUCAAAGAAACAAAUACAGCAGGUCCAGAAAGAGAUUUCGUCCAUGCGUGAAGCUGAGAAAUCUCUACGACUGAAGCUCAGCGAUCUAGAAAAAACGAAAGUGCAGCUCCAGAAUGAGAUCGCCAACAGAGAUCGCACCAUUAACCAGUUAAAAGCUGAACGAUCCUCUGGUUCAAAGUCAGAUGAGAAUCUGCUGCUCUAUCAGAAAGCAUGUAAAGAUCUGCAAGAGCGUGAGCGUGUUAUUGAAGACAUGCGCUUGGCUCUGACAGAACAGGAGGAAACACAGACACAGCUGGACCUUGAGUUGGACAACAGAGACGCUCGGAUUGAUGAGCUCACUCAAGAGCUGGCCAGUUUGAGAGAAAUGUUGCCUGAAGAGAGGGACAGGAGUGAUUCCAGACCAAUCUCUAAAGAUGUUUUACAGGCCAGACAGCAGAUCACUCAGGCCCACGAGAGCUUACAGCUUGCCAAUGAGAAGCAGCAGGCAGAACGCAAGAAGUGGAUGGAGGAGAAGUUGAUUCUGAUUGGUCAGGCUAAAGAAGCUGAGGAGAGGCGGAAUCAGGACAUGAGACGAUUUGCAGAUGAUCGAGAACGGCAUGUUCGGCAACAGGCUGAAAUGGAGUCUCUGGCUGCACGUCUUAAUGCCCGUGAGGAAGAGAUGGAAAGGUGGAGAAAGGAGAGAGACACGCUUGUCUCUGCUCUGGAGGUUCAGCUGAAGAAACUCAUCAUGUCCAAUGGAGAAAAAGACCAACAGAUCAAGAUGCUGCAGUCCAGUAACACUGCCCAAACACCAGAGGAGGUCAGUGAGGACAGCAGGACCGAGGCACUGCAGGCAGAGCUGGCUGUAAAAGAGGCUGAGAUCCAGAAACUGAAGGAGCAGCUCAGCAUCAGUGCCACAAACAGCAGCAUUCGCAGAAACUCUACUACACAGACGAUGGAAGUGGAGUUUUCUGAUAUGAAGCCUCUGAACAGCAGUACAAUCAAGCACAAAAGCCGAACCAGAGGAUCUGUCAUCAGUCAGAACUCAUCCGGUAGCGGUCCACUGGUGCUAGAUUCAUCAGAGAUCUCCACGGAAACAGGCAGACGGUCUAGGUUUCCAAGGCCUGAGCUGGAGAUUUCCUUCAGUCCUCUACAGCCCGAUCGCUUCGCUCUCAAGCGUCAGGGUGAAGAAUCUGCUGUCACUGUUAAAAUCUCCAGACCCACACGCAAGAGGAAGAGCGGCGAGAUGGACAAGAGGAAAGGAGCCAGGAGCAGCGCUGUGAAAAAGAAAGCUUUCUCUGAGCCCAAUCCACAGGAUGCGGUGGAAGGUGAAAACAUCAGAAAUACAAGGUGCAGAUUGACUCCUCACCUAACACCUCAUCGGGAAGAGUCCCCAAAUUCCCAGGAGUCAAACCAAAGAGGGAAAAAAGACAAAACGCUCCAGAAGAUUGGAGAUUUUCUUCAGAGCUCUCCCACCUUUCUUGGGAGUAAAGCGAAGAGGAUCAUGGGAUUGAUGAGUGGAAAAUCCCCUGAUGGUGGGUCGACUCCUUCUCUAAAACUGAAAUCCAAACGUGAUAAACGGAAAUAUGACAGACCCGAUAUCUCCUCACCAAUGGACAUACCGGCUCAUCGGAUUAUUGGCCGAAAUCCAGAGGACAAAGAGAGUGAAAACCUUAUCAAGAAACGUCUUCGUACAAGAAUGGCCAAAUGAGCCAGAAGGAAUUUUUUGUUUCAUUAUAUAUAUAUUUUUAAUCAAACCAGUGUUUAUAAUCUUUAGGGUUUGUCUUUUAAUCAAUGCACUUUUCAUACACUAUUGUCUAUUUUUUUAAUAGCUAAAUUUCUUUUUUUUUUUUGUACUUUUUUUUAUCAUAUAUGGCACAUAAUAUAUUAUCCCAGAACACUAGUGCUGCUUUUAACAGCGAUGAUAGACAGUUUUCAUAAGCUCAUAUAUGGAAGACUGAACCCAUUUGUGCUGCUAGAUUUAGAAUAGACGUUCAGAAAUCACUACCGCACAUCUCUGAUAUUUGUCUUUUCUGUAUAUUUAAACUACGGUUAUCUGUUUACUUUAAUCCUUUAUGCAUAUGAAUUCAAAACUGUUGUUUCUUUCUAACCACUUUCUGCUUUUCAAGAUAUAAAACUGUUCACACACAAAAAUAUAGCACAAAGUUAAAGUUUAUGGGGUUGUGUGUUGUUGUUUUUUCCACUUGUCAACGUUCUUUUGUUUCUGUUUAUCACCUUGUCACCAACCAUUAAUAUGUGCCACUCACAUGAUAAAGACUCUCCAUUACCACGUCAGUAAAACUGUGCGCCAGAUGCCUAAUGACACCCAAAGGACUAUUCGUUUGAAUUACUGAACAAAUGCUUAUGUAACAGACGGGUAAUUGAAUUUGCCGAUCGCAGCACGCAGCCCGGUGCCCUUAUCUAAGAUGGCAUAAAAGGAAAAAGGGGAAGGGUGAGGGACUUGAAACAGGUCUAUCUCUUUGUUGGCACUGAAUGGCAGGAUGUGAACUGGGUGGAUGCUUGCGAUGAUGAAUCACGGGUUUGAUGGUGUGUGGGAGCAUGUGGGGAAGACAAAAUGGAGGAGCGAAAACCUACUGUGCGAGGAAUUAGGAAGAAAUAAAACAUACUGUAAGAUC